AUGGAGUCAACUCCAUCAACACAGGAAGGUGAACAACAGGACCAGAACAACAGUACAAUAUAUACACCAUCAGAUGAAGAACUGAAACAACUAGUGGACUUCUUAGAUCCUCUUAAGAAUGACCCAACAUCAUCUGAUCGAUUCAAUGCACUCACCAAUCUUACUCAGGUAGAGCUGAGUAAUCAGAUAAGGAAGCUUGAAGAAUGGGCACUAGUACUAGGUGUCAACGAAGAUAUACAACUACAGAAGGGCAAGCUACUUGGUAUACUCAAUGAUCAUUGA